AUGGCUCCUGUUGCUGUCACAGAAUCUACUCCAAUUGCUCCAACUGCGGCCAAGCUCAACGGAGCUGCCACGCACAACGGCGACAUGAACGGCACCAUCACCAACACUACUGGCCCAAGCUUGUUCGGUUCCAACACGUCGGCUGUACUUCACGGCGCGAAGGACCUUCGAAUCGAAGAGCGUCCUUACGCCGCACCUAUCGGUGACGAGGUGCAGAUCCGCGUUCGGGCUACCGGUCUCUGCGGUUCCGAUCUUCACUACUACCUCCACGGCCGCAAUGGCGACUUCGCACUUCAACACUCCAUGUGUCUCGGCCAUGAAUCUGCAGGAGAAAUCGUCGCUGUCGGUCCCAACGUCCCUGCUUCCCUCGGCCUUGCUGUCGGUGAUCGCGUAGCCAUCGAAGCAGGACGCUUCUGCGGUUCAUGCCUUAAAUGUCGCGAUGGACGCUACAACCUCUGCAAACAGAUGCGUUUCGCCUCGUCGGCUAAAACUCACCCUCAUCUCGAUGGAACGUUGCAAAAGUACAUGAACUGGCCAUCUUGGCUGGUGCACAAGCUACCAGCGAAUGUUUCGUUGACUUCGGCGGCGUUGUGCGAACCACUGAGUGUGGUGUUGCAGGGGAUCAGAAGGAGUCAGCUGCAACCAGGACAGAGCGUUCUGGUGUACGGAGCGGGUGCGGUCGGGUUGCUGGCUUGUGCAGCUGCCAAGGCGAGUGGUGCUAGCUUUGUUGCUGCGGUGGAUAUCGAUCAGGGAAGAUUGGCGUUUGCUGCUGCGAAUGGGUGGGCGGAUGCUACCUACCUGCUUCCUCGUGCUGCGCCCGCUGCAGUAGAUGGAGAGCAGACGAAUGUUGGUGCUCGUCGUGCGGCGGAAGACAAAGCGGCGAUCUCGUCGGCGAGUGCGUCUGCCGCAAGCCUGCUCAAAGCGCUUUCCUCUUCCGACCCUUCCUCUUCACAGCAGACAAGCUACGCUAUUCAACCAGCACCCCUCGACCUUUCCAGCGAAGGUUUCGACGUGGUGUUCGAAUGUACUGGUGUUCCAACCUGCGUUCAAACCGGCAUCUUUGCCACGAAAGCAGGAGGAAAAGUUGUUCUGAUCGGUAUGGGCAACCCCAUCCAAACCCUGCCCGUCGGAUCAGCCUCGCUCCGCGAAGUUGACAUCGUCGGCGUCUUCCGAUACGCCAACACCUACCCCGUCGCUCUUGGCCUGCUAGCCGGCGGAACGCUGCGUGCCCAAGGCGGCGGUCUCCAUGCCCAAGCUGUAGGUCUCCCCACCAACCUCGACACCAACGAAGGCCACGGCCCAGGAAGGAAGAUGGGCGGUAUCGAAAACCUCGUCUCUCACACUUUCCCCCUCAAGCACGCCAUAAAGGCUUUCGAAACCCUCGCCAACGGCAAAGAUCCCGAACACGGUCGAGGCGUCGUCAAGGUUUUCAUCACGGACGAUGACGCUUAA